GUUUGGCUAUCAACUGAAUUCUUCGCCAACAGGUUAAAGACAAGUCGUGUAUAUACCCUGAAGUUUGGUUCACAAAAGAUCCACGUGUACUGUCACAUGGGAGACUUUGGAUGCGGAGAUGGAGGAUGGACUCUGGCCAUGAAGAUUGACGGCACAAAGGUACAUGUCUUACGCGUCACCCCAUUUUUGUGAUAUUGAUAUUAAUUUUCUAAUUUCCGUUUUCAGAAAACUUUUCAUUACGAUUCUCACUUCUGGAGCGACAGAAAGCCACUCAACUUUGCGGGGGGAAGGACUGGGUUUGAUUCACAAGAAACCAAGUUGCCAACCUACUGGAACACACCCUUCUCCAAGAUCUGCCUCGGUAUGAAGAUCGGCCACAAGAUAAGAUUCUUUACCAUCUACAGGCACGCCAUCUCGCUGUACUCGCUAAUCGCUGACGGCCGAUACCGCGCCACCUCACUUGGUCGUAACACGUGGAAGUCGCUGAUUGGUCCACAGGCAUCCUUACAAAAAUACUGUAACAAGGAAGGGUUCAAUGCUAUCUGCAGCGAUAAACCACAUUCCAAAGCAAGAAUUGGUAUCACAAGCAAUGAAUGGAACGAUUGUGUCUUGUGUGACUCCAGAAUCGGAUUUGGUACAGGAGGAUAUCAUGACGACACAAACACGUGUGGAAAUGAGGCCACAAUUUCCCCAGACAACGGAAACAAGCACAUCAAAACCAUGGGCUACAUCUUGGUUCAGUAG